GAUUUUCUUCGUUCUUCGUGCCGAACAUAUUAGGAAACAAAACCAGAGCCAAGACCCCAGAGCAGCCAUGAAAACGGUAUCUCUAACAUCAUCCUCUGUUAAAUCAAGCACCACCGUAAUGGAAGAAGACAGAUCCGAGACUCGUGACAGCUGCUACUUCCCCGGCUGCCGUAAAGACGCCAACUGCAAGUGCGACAUCUGCUUGGCCAGCUUCAACGCCACCCUCGACCUCAUGCCCUCCAGCAUUCACAGAAGCUCUCUCACGAAGUUCUCUUCUUCCAAACCUGCCCGGCGAAGCCCCGUCUCUUUCAAUCCCUCGAUUUUGUUGACACCCAAAACGAAGAGUACUCGUCAAAUUCCUGUUUCUUCUCCGGCUGUUGGUUCCACGGCAAGAUUGAAUCUACCCAACAAGGAGAAGGGGAGGGAGAAAAAAUGGGGUUGUGGGUUUUAUUUUUGGCGUUUAGUUUUGGGCAUGAGCUUGAUUCUAGUGGCGGAACUCGGGUUUCACCGGGUGGUUCCUACAGUUUUAAAUCCCAAAUUGUCACCGGUUAUAGUGAGAAAUGCUUGGGAAGGAUCUUGGGUGGUGCAAGAUUUGAACGGGAGAUUGGAGCAUUUGCAGAGAGAGUUACAGGGUUUUGUUGAUGGAAAGGUAGCAAAUUGCAGCGAUAUGGAUUAUAAGUGGAAGGUGAAUCAGGAUGGAUUGCUCCUAAGCUCGCAUUGUACUCUGUACAAGUCGGUGACAGAGGAAGUGAACAUAUGGGGAUGGCCUUUGCAGACUGCUGGAUUGCUUACUACUGAAUUUUCGUCACGAUCAUUCACCAUUUUAUCUGGCAGAGUUACAGAGUGGUCCAAUGGGAAGUUUGGGUAUUUGAUACGGAUGGCAAAUAGUUCGUGGAUACAGAGGAAAUGGAGUGCUUCUGCUGUGCAGUUAGACCCUGGUACUUGGGUUCUUGAAUAUCAGCACAACUCAAUAUUGGAGAAUUCAAGAUUGUGCUCGGCUGCUGCAGAGUUUGUUAUGUUUAGGAUGGCGAGGUUGCUUGGAAGCAUAAAACAGCAAUUAUGGAAGUUGCCUGAGGACGACGAUUUUACAACUGGAGAAAGUUUCAAGGUCCCAACUUAAGAAGGUUUAGAGAUAUUGGAUGCACCUUAACAAUUAUAUCCAAUUCUCAUUCCUUGUGAGAAGCUUCCUAAUCUUGUAUUUUUUGGCUCUUCCUUGUAUGAGAAGCUUUUGAUCUAAACAAUUCUUGUGUUUUUCAUUGUUCCACAAAGCAGAAUCCCAGUUGUUUCAUAUUCUGACAUGGAAGAUCAAAUUGUAUAUGUGGUAAUAUGCACUGUAAUUGGCUUCAAUGCAACAAAAUGAGCAAUCAUUUUAUUUAUUU